AUGAGAAGCAGCUUCGACUUUCUGCUUCACCUACUCGCCUUAUCUUCGCUCGCCGUCGAGCCCGCCACAGCUGCUCGCCGCCAGAGCCCACAAGACGUCCUGCUGCCUCCCAUUCCCAUCGAUAACGCCCCUGCGCCAUCACGACAACAUGACUUUACUCUGAGGCAAAUCUUCCAUAAGGGCUCCCACCAGUACCCGAACCUCCUGCGCAAGGUCGAUAUCACUUCCGCUACCACUCUCGAGCACAUUCAAGAUGAUGACGAUACCGAGUAUGCUGUCACUGUGUCGCCCGCCGACUCAUACCGUACAAACUCAGGUCCCAUGACCAUAGAACGUCUGGCCGAUCGCCGUCGCUCCACUAUCGACCGUCUACUGGAAGCUGGUCAGAUGCGAGGAGAAGCCGUCUCUCUACCUUCCUCUGCCUGGUCCAUGGAUGAAAUAGACGGUCCCAACAUCACAGACAAGCAGACUAUCUUGAGUUUUGCCCGUAUGGCCUCCAACGCCUACGUUCUCAAACCACAUACUGGUGACUGGGUCGAUGUCGGAGGAGGCUUCAACUACACUGAAGACUUUGGAUGGGAGAGCGAUGGCUUGCGCGGCCAUAUCUUUGCCGAUACUACAAACAAGACUGUUAUCAUCGGCCUGAAGGGAACUUCACCCGCUGUCUUUGAUGGCGCAGACACGACUGGAAACGACAAGCUCAAUGACAACCUGUUUGGAAGCUGUUGCUGCGGCCAGGGUGGUCAGGCCAUGUGGAAGCAAGUCUGCGACUGUCAGACGUCGGCAUUCACUUGCAACUCGACCUGUCUAGUCAAAAAUCUGCGAAACAAAGCUCAUUACUACCAAGCUGCUCAAGACCUAUACCACAAUGUUACUGAGCUCUAUCCUAACGCAGAUAUCUGGUUGACUGGUCAUUCGCUGGGUGGUGUCGUUACGUCGCUUCUCGGUCUAACCUUCGGAUUGCCGACCGUCACAUUCGAGACUUUCCCUGAAGCACUCGCUGCCAGUCGUCUCGGCCUUCCGACCCCUCCAGGAUACCACAUUGGCGAUCACAAGAAGCGUCCUCAUACUGGUGCUUAUCACUUCGGACAUACUGCCGAUCCUAUCUAUGACGGAACUUGCAACACUGCNUUUUCUGGCUGCACUAUCGGUGGAUACGCCUUCCAAGGAAAUUGCCAUACUGGAAGUACAUGCACUUAUGAUACAGUCGCAGACUUUGGGUGGAGGCAAGCAAUUGGCACUCACAAGAUCAGCAGUGUUAUCCACGACGUUAUUCAGAAAUACGACACCGUUCCUUCAUGCAAACGAGAUGAAGACUGCAUUGAUUGCUACGAGUGGAAGUUCUUCGAAAGCAAUGGCACUGAGACAACAACUAGCUCUGCUUCCUCUUCUGCGACAUCGACCACGCGCACCAGAACAGAGACUUGCAAGACGCCUGGAUGGUGGGGAUGCUUGGAUGAGACCAGCAGUAUCACGGUACCCGUGACUACAACAGAAACAAUCACGACGACAACUUGUCUCUCGCCCGGCUGGUUCGGGUGCAAAUCAGAAGCUACGUCGACAAUCACGACGACCGAAACCAGUAGUAUUGCAACGCCUGCUCCUGCGCCGACCGUUACCACAACUUCAACUACCGCUCCGUCGUCUUCCUCUUCCGCAUCAGUCACGACUUCCAGUACCACAUGCGAAACACCUGGAUGGUUCGGUUGUCACGAUUCGACAACCUCAACCAAGCAAUCUUCAACAAGCACUUCGGUGUCAGACACGUCCACCGCCUCCCAUAAGUGCACAUCUAAAGAGUGGUUCGGCUUCAUCUGCGUUGAUCCAUCUGCUACAGAGUCAAAGCCCAAGCCCACUUCGUCUCACAAGAAGUGCUUGAAGAGGAACUACGUCGGCAAAUGCAAGGAGUGGCAACAUUCUGAGGGAAGCAACAUCAAGACUGAUUUAUGA